CCCUUUCCUACUUAAGUGGCCGGCGCCGACCGCGGAGGUCACAUGACUAUUGGGACGCAGAGGAGGCAAGAUGGCUGCACCUGCAGGGCCAUCCUUCUGGCUGGGAAAUGAAACUCUGAGGGUCCCGGCGGCCCUGUUUGCCUUAAACCGAACUCGCCUCUGUGACCGCCUGAGAGCCCACAAGGACAUGCCAAAGAAAUCUAUUGUCCUCUUGCAAGGUGGAGAGCAAACUAACCGAUACUGCACCGAUACAGGCAUUAUCUUCCGCCAGGAAUCCUACUUCCAUUGGACUUUUGGAGUGACUGAGGCAGACUGCUACGGAGCCAUUGAGGUUGACAGUGGAAACGCUAUCUUGUUCAUCCCGAGACUUCCCGAAAGCUAUGCCGUUUGGAUGGGAAAGAUCCAUCCUCCGGAACAUUUCAAGCAGAAGUACGCUGUGAAUGAAGUUCGCUAUACUGAUGAGAUCUCCAGUGUUUUGGCUUCAAAGGGCCCUUCUGUUCUUCUUACUCUCAGAGGCGUUAAUACCGACAGUGGAAGUGUGACCCGGGAAGCAUCAUUUGAAGGAAUCAGCCAGUUUACUGUCAACAACACAAUUCUUCAUCCAGAGAUUGCAGAAUGCCGCGUGAUUAAGACGGACAUGGAGUUGGAAGUCCUCCGCUACACCAAUAAAAUUUCCAGUGAAGCUCAUAAAGAGGUGAUGAAAGCCGUCAAAGCUGGCAUGAAGGAAUAUGAGCUGGAGAGCCUGUUCCAACACUAUUGCUACAACCGAGGAGGCAUGCGCCACACUUCCUACACUUGCAUCUGCGGCAGCGGGAAUAACAGUUCAGUUUUGCACUAUGGACAUGCCGGAGCUCCAAAUGAGAAAACCAUUGAAGAUGGAGAUUUGUGCUUAUUCGACAUGGGUGGGGAGUACUACUGCUAUGGCUCGGACAUCACCUGCACCUUUCCGGCCAACGGGAAGUUCACUCCGGACCAGAAGGCCAUCUAUGAAGCGGUGCUGAAGUCCUCCCGGGCUGUGCUGAGGGCAGUCAAGCCAGGGGUCUCCUGGCCUGACAUGCACCGUCUCGCAGACCGGGUCCAUCUGGAAGAGCUCACCAAAAUUGGCAUCCUCCAAGGCAACAUUGACGACAUGGUGAAGGUUCAUCUGGGCGCAGUAUUCAUGCCCCACGGACUUGGGCACCUCCUGGGGAUCGACGUCCAUGAUGUGGGAGGCUACCCAGAGGGGGUGGAACGGAUUGACCUGCCGGGCCUCCGGAGCCUGCGGACCGCCCGCGUCCUCAUCCAGGGCAUGGUGUUGACCGUCGAACCGGGCAUUUACUUCAUUGACCACCUUUUGGACCAGGCUCUGGCUGACCCAGCUCAGGCAUGCUUCCUCAAUAACGACGUCCUUGCGCGCUUCCGAGGUUUUGGCGGAGUGCGAAUUGAAGAUGACAUUGCUGUGACGGCCAGCGGGAUGGAGCUGCUGACCUGUGUCCCGCGCACCGUGGAGGAAAUCGAGGCCUUCAUGGCCGAAGCCCAGGGCAACCCCAAGUCCUUUGCCUCUGUCUCCAGCCAAAGCAGCGGUCCCUAAAGUGGCCAGGGCUCCCUCUCACGUGAAUGUGGCCACUUCCACAAAUGCUCCUUUAAAGCAAAGCAGCUGUUUCCUUUAUUACAAAGAGGGGGGAAAAGAAGGCUUUGUGACUUGUGCUGCAUUCAUACUGCAAAGGCUUAUAUUGAAAAAAAAAAUUGGUAACUUCAGGUGCCUGAAACGGAUCAUGGCUCAACCUUAACUUUGCUUCUUUGCAAAGAGCCCUGUCCUGUUUGAAGGAUGGAUGCACUUGCUGUCUGGGAAGCACUAAUCAUAAGGAAAUAUAGGAAUCAGCAUAUUCUAAGAUUGUACUAACACAUGCAGAUGAAUGGUUGCUUUGAAUUAAUCAUGGUGAAACCUGUUGGACUAAACAAAUAAAAAUUGCCCAAAGAAGAGCCUUCAUCCCUCUUCCAUUUCUUUCCCUGAGCUCUUUCUUUCAAGCAUCCUCUUGCUGGAAGGGCUGGGCUAUUUUGACACUGAAGUCAAUUCAUGACUCUGAAGUCUGGUCCUUUCACUGUGAAGACAUUUGGACUAAAAUGGUUAUACUGUGUGGGGCUUUUUGCUCUGAAGAUGAGAACAGGGUAUGGUUGAGGUCUGCAACACACUCCAGUGAGCUCACAAGAAAAUGAAGAUGAUUGGCCCCAGCCUGGCCACUUAGCAGCAAACUUUGGGUGCCAACCCCCCCCCAAGUUUCCAUCUGUUAGCUAAGGAGAUUUGAUGCAGUGUUUUCAUUCUGGGAGGAAACACAGCCAUUCCUGUAUGCUGCACAGAAUUCCUUAUAUGCCCAGAAGGGUGAUAUACUAACCAUCCCAUGCUAAACUAUGUGUUCACUUACAUCAGUGAUUCCCAAACUCUGCUCCUACAGAUGUUUUGGACUUCUGCUCCCAGAAUUCCUGGUUGCUGAUUAAGUUGGCUGGGGCUUCUGGAAGUUGAAGUACAAAACAUUUGGAGAAUCAAAAUUUGGUAACCAAUGACUUACAUGGACCUUGUUGCCAACCGCUUCCAUCACUGGAAAAACUGAACUCUUCUGAUGUUUGGUCCCUCAAUGGAGAGCAAACUGUGCCCUUUCAGUGAUUUAGGACUCCAGCUCCCAGAAGCCUCAGCCAUGUUGGUCAAUAGUCUGGGAUUCUGGGAGCUGAAGUCCAAACUCUCCUAAAGGGCAGAGUUUGGGGACCACUGACCACUCACAGAAGGACAAGGAAGCACAAUUUUGCAAGGUGUUUUUUAAUUAUUUUCUAUCACUGUUGCCACGUUCUUGACCCAGUAUUUCUAAAUGCUUAUACAAACACAACGACUGCAAGGAAAGAGGAGGUACAAAAGUCAUUUUCACUAGUCCAGUCAGUCAUAUGCAAACAUACUAUCAAUGAAAACGGUUCGAAUGAAGAAAAGAAAAAUAAAUUAAAGCGGUGUUACGCUGCCUUCCCUGCUC